CAGGCCAGGGUUUCGAUCGUCCGUGUGAUGACGGACUACCACGCGGAGGGUGUCAAGCUCCUGGCGCUCCAGGAUCAGCCUGGUCCGGGUAGCAUCUACGAGGAUGUAUCCCCCAUCUUCAGGCUUCCGAACGGCGGGACCUUCUUCAUCGGAAACAUCCGCGCGGCGUCGAACAAGGCGACGCUCCAGGCGAACGGCAUCACCCACGUUAUCAACGCGCAAGAUCCGGACACUCAAAACUUCUUCGAGGACGACGAGUCGUUCACGUACCUCCGGUUUCCCAUCGCGCACUGGUGGAGGAGUAAGGAGGACAUGAACUCGCACGUGGGGGUACGACGGUACUUCGCCCCGCUCUUCGCCUUCGUGGAGAAGGCGCUGCGCGCGGGCAAGAACGUGAUGGUGCACUGCCUGGCUGGCGCGCACAGGGCGGGCACGUCGGGGGUGGCUCUGGCUAUGUACUACCUUCGUCUGAGCGCGAUACAGGGGACGAUGUUCGUCAAGGAGAGGAGGCCCAUCGUGGAUCCGAUCGGGAGCUUCCCGGAGCUGCUCAAGAGGCUCGACGCGGCGCUGCAGGACCUCAAGAAGAUUAACGCGUUGGUGGCGAAGGAGAAACUGGCAAAGGCAAAGGCAGAAACGGCAGCGUGAAGGAUGCGGCGGCGCGAAGAUCCGUCGUUGGGAUCCAGGGGGUUUGAAUUUUUAAUGCACGAAGUGUUUUAGCGAAUAAAAUUCAAUGGUAUUGA